UCAACCCUCACAGUCAAUAUACAUUAUUGGACGAGUCCUCCAACAUCCAACGCUGCUAAUUUCCCUUCAAGAUCACUAGCAGCAGAUGUCUCUCAAAUUGGAACCUGAUUAGAGAAUAUGGUUGCCAUAAGAUUGGAGAAAAUCCCUGGAAUGCUGCUAGAACUGCAAGCAGAUGCAACCAGGUGGUUCAAAUACUACGUUGUUUGGAACAAGGCUGUUCCUUUCAUCUCAGGUUUGGUAUUUGUUCAUGCUUGGGUUGAGUAUGCAUUGAUUGCGAUCCUGAUCACGCAUCUGACCGACGAGUGGUUGCAUUUGCCGAGAGCUGCUUCGAUUGUGAAUGUUCAAGAUGGGGUAACAGCGGUUCUAGCGCUGGUUGUUGCUUAUGUGUCCGAUGCUUAUGUGGGUCCGUUUCUAGCAGUAGUCUGCUCAACUGUUGCUUAUAUCAUUGGAUUAACCCUAUUGUUUUUCGCGGCUUGGCGUCUAAUAAGUAUUGAGCUACAAUUACUGUACGUGGCAUUGUUACUGGUAGCUUUAGGCCGAGCAGGCCGUGAUAUCCCACUCAAGGAGUUUCUUGCCUAUCAAUUUAGAGAAGAGGGGUCACAUGUAGACGAGGAACAAUUAGAGAGUCGUAGAAAGAUAUGGUGGCGUCCGCCUUAUAUUUUAGGUAUCUGUGCAUCUGUUUAUGUGUUUGCAAAUGCUACAUGGAUCGAGCUCUCAAGGAUUGCGGCAAUUGCUAUGGGGGUAGGCUUUGUGUUGUUCUUAGGAGGCAUAGCAUUUAAGUAUAAGUACAAGCCACCUGCCUCCCAAAGCAAGCUAAACAACAUGCUGCAAAUCCUGCGUGCAGCAAUAUCAAAGAGACGUCUUAGCAAUAGUACUCCUUCCGGAAAUGUCAUUCCAAUAUUAAGGUGGUUAGAUAAAGCUUCAGUUGAGGAACCUUCACCUAGUCGGGCAGAACAAGUGAGGAUAGGAAGACUUUGGAGUCCUGAAGAUGUACAGGAAGUGAAGAUUCUGCUCUCUAUGGUCCCUCUGUGGACGACAUUCCUCGCUUACGGUCUACUGCAGGCCACCGGAAACACUUUCUUUUAUGAACAAGUCGGUUACAUGGACAGUCGUCUGGGUCGAAUUUCCAGAGUUCCCAUAGUUAUUUUUGUGAUAGUGAAGAGUUCAACUAGCUUCAUAGUCUCGCGUCUUUGUGAUUCACUACUUCCGUCUUAUUGGAGUCAGAAAGUUCCACGGCAAGUUAUGCUUACAAGGAUUGGAGCUGGAAUGGCAAUUUCACCGUUAUGUUGCAUAGUUGCUUGGAGGAUCGAGAAGUACAGGCUGCACAAGUAUGUGAACCACGACAUUUCCAUCAGUGCUUUCUGGCUAGUCCCACAGUUCUUCUUACUGGGAUUCAUGGAAGGGCUAGUGUUUGAUGGGAUGGAAGAAGUGUUUGAUGGGCAUGUUCCUGAAUCAUUCAGGAAAUACGGGCCGUCUUUCACUCAAUUCGCUCUCAACAUCGGGAAUUUCGUCAGCUUAGUUUUUAUCUUAAUCUUCCACGGCUUGUUCAACGACAACUUAGACACGAGUGGAUUGGCGACGUAUUAUGCGUUGUUAGCUUACAUAUGCUUUGUGAAUUUCCUGUUUUACUGCGGUGUUGCAACCUAUUAUGUGAAGGAAUCCUAUUAUGAGAAAGACGAAUCACCUGUUGAGCAAGAACUAGAGCAAAUCCAGAAUUUGGACAGCCAUGAAGCUACUGAUCAUCAGCUGGCUGAAUAAACUUGAAGGGCUAUAAGGAGAUUGCCUAUUCCAAUCCCAGCAAUUUCUUUUCUGCUUGUCACUUGUACUCAUCACAUGAUUGUAUUCCUAAUGGCUUUCUACUACAUGCUUUAUGAAUUAUGAUUCUUUAUAAGUUGAUUUCAAAUAUGUUCAA